AUGUUUUCUAGGAAAAUUACUGAAAAAUGUAUCAAUACAAUUCGAGUUUUGUCUGUAGAUAUUACUUCCAAAAGUAAUUCAGGACAUCCAGGCGCACCUAUGGCUCUUGCACCUUGUGCGCACGUUUUAUUUAAUCAGCAUAUGAUAUUUGAUCCAAACUACCCAGAAUGGAUAAACCGUGACCGAUUUGUGCUAUCAAAUGGUCAUGCAUGUGUUUUGCAAUAUAUUAUAUUACAUUUAUAUGGCUAUAAAGUUACUAUGGAUGACUUGAAACGUUUUCGUCAAAUCGAUUCGAUAACACCAGGUCACCCGGAGGCAUCCGUAACACCAGGGAUUGAGGUUACGACAGGGCCUCUUGGACAAGGAUUUGCAAAUGCAGUUGGACUUGCUAUAGCACAAACACACUUGGCAGCUGUUUUUAAUCGGCCUGGAUUUGAUAUAAUCAAUAAUUAUACAUAUUGUUUUUUUGGGGAUGGAUGUGCUAUGGAAGGUAUUUUUUAUGAAGCAGCGUCAUUGGCAGGCCAUUUGAAACUUAAGAAUUUAAUAUGUUUUUAUGAUUAUAAUGGUAUAUCUAUUGAUGGGGAUAUUGAAUGUACAUUUACAGAUGAUGUGGCGGAGAGAUUUCGUUCAUGUAAUUGGCAUGUUAUUAUAGUAGAUGAUGGGGACUCGGAUAUUGAUUCAAUCGAAAGGGCUAUUGCUGAAGCAAAAAUUGUAGACCGACCAACAAUGAUUCGACUUAGAACGACAAUUGGAUAUGGGUCUAAACUUCAAGGAACGUGUAAUGUGCAUGGUGCGCCGUUGAAAGAUGAUGAUGCAAUGCUUGUUAAGCAAAAAUUUGGAUUUGAUCCUAAAGAAUCAUUUGUUAUUUCUCAAGACGUAUAUGAACAUUGUCGUCAAGCUUCUUUUAAAGGGGCUAAGACGCGUGAAAAAUGGCUAAAGUUAUAUGAUGACUAUACAAAACAAUACCCAUGUUUAGCGAAAGAAUUUCAAAGGCGUGUAAAUAAGCAAUUUCCUGAAAAUCUUAAGCAAGUUUUACCUAUAUACAAAUCUACGGAUCCACCUGUUGCAACUCGAAAGCUUUCUGAAACUGUUCUUACAAAGCUUUCAAGUCUUCUUCCAGAAUUGAUGGGUGGAAGUGCUGAUUUAACAGCUUCUAACCUUACUCGGUGGCCUGAUGCGGUAGAUUUUCAGCAUCCUUCUACGAAAAUAGGAGAUUAUACAGGAAGAUAUAUUCGAUAUGGAGUGAGGGAACAUGCAAUGAUUGGAAUUAUGAAUGGUCUUGCUGCAUAUGGAGGAAUUAUUCCUUAUGGAGGCACGUUUUUGAAUUUUGUUUUUUAUGCAGCAGGAAGUCUUCGGCUUUCUAGUAUUUCUCAUUUACGAGUAAUUAUUGUCGCUACUCAUGAUUCUAUUGGAUUGGGUGAAGAUGGUCCAACACAUCAACCAAUAGAAGCGGCUUCAUGGUUAAGAGCACAACCUAAUAUGAUGUUUUGGCGCCCUGCUGAUGGUAAUGAGUGUUCUGCAGCAUAUUAUGUUGCUAUUACUUCUUUAAAUAUGCCAUCAACUAUUGCAUUAUCACGGCAGAAUCUUCCACAUCUUGAAAAUACAUCUAUUGAUGGUGCUUUGAAAGGUGGAUAUGUCUUACGGGAAAAUAGUUCUGCAGACUUGACGAUUGUAUCGACUGGAAGUGAAGUAUCUCUUUGUGUCGAUGCUAUCAAAGUUUUUGAAGAAAAAUAUAAUCUUCGUGCUAGAUUAGUUUCUAUGCCUUGUUUUGAAGUUUUUGAUCAACAGGAUUUUGAUUAUAAGUUAAGUGUACUUAAAGACGGUAUCCCAGUUCUUGGUGUUGAAGUUUAUUCUACAUUGGGGUGGAAAAAUUAUUCUCAUGAACAAUUUGGUCUUGAUACUUUUGGUGCUAGUGCUCCAUACAAAGAUUUGUAUAAAAAAUAUGGUUUUACGGUGGAAGAAAUUGCAUUAAAAGCUAAAGAAACGGUUGAUUUUUGGAAAGAUGUUAAACCUCUACGAUCUCCUAUACGACGAGCAUUUUAA